AUGACAAAAGCAAUGAUAUUACCAGUUAAAUUUAUAGUUAACUUAGCAAAACAUAAACAAAGAGUUUCUAUUUGGUUAUUUGAAAAUACAGCAUUGAGGAUUGAAGGAACGCUUUCUGGAUUUGAUCAGUACAUAAACUUAGUUCUCACAGACACUGAAGAAGUAUAUUUAAAAACUAAUACUAGAAGAAAGAUUGGAACAAUUCUAUUGAAAGGAGAAAAUAUAUCAGUUAUUAGUAAAAUUGAAGUUCGUUAA